UGCCUAUGUAAAAUAUUUCGUUACUUCAUCAAUCAUCCUAAAACAUCAUGUUUUGAGAGUAUAAAGUUUAGCGCCAUAUUACAAAACGUCAAAACAGCUGACAUGAAUUCGACCUGUUAUGAGACAUAAUGCGAAGCCCAUUUUGGAAUGUCUUUAUGUAAGAAGUCCUGUGCAUUAUAUUUGGAUUUUCAGAUAUAAAUGCCAAGCCCGCCACCGAUUACUUCCUAAACACUGACUCACUGACAGGGAGCGCCGGUAUUGGUAAAUAGGAAGUGACAUGGGAGGAGACAGCGAGACCAUAGCGCCACGGGCCCAUUUCCCGAUCAUAUCUCGUGACUCGUGGUAUGAGUGUCAGCGAUGACCACUACCAGCACUGACACCAAGGCAAAGUUGAGGAAGUACCUCUACACAACACUGGGAGAUGUGCAGACCAACACUGUGGUGGAUGUGUUUGGUGUGGUCAAGUUCCUCAAGCCACCCAAACAAACACGUGGAACAGACCACAUCAUGAUCCUCAGUCUCAUAGAUGAAACUUUGUUUGAACAAGAGCAGAAGUUGAAGUGUGUACUGUUUCUCAAACCCAACAAGGUGCCCCAAGUGGAGGUCGGCAGUGUCGUACGCUUUCAUCGUCUCAAGAUCGGGACCCACCAGGGGGAGCUGCAAGGUGGUACAUCAGCAGGGUUUUCUUGGCUUGUCUUCAACACACCCGAGUCUAGACCACAGUCUUCCUCCCCUAGCUACACAUACUCCGAGGAAAACAAGAAGAGGGUAAAGCAACUGUUUGACUGGUCCAGCUCCCAUGAUGCACCUGUGGUGGACGCAGCAGCGACACUUUCAGACAUUGCUGUCAAUGGCUACUUCAACCUCACCUGCCAGGUGGUCUCCACCUGCGUCAUUGAAGAUGGCGUCUGCUUCUUGCUGAGGGUGUGGGACGGAACCAAACCCAUCUACCCUGUACGUGAGUUGGACACUGAAGGAAGUGAGUGUGAUGUGGCCUCAGAUUCACGUCUGCUGCAGAGAGCAGACGGACAUUUGUAUGAUGUCUGCGUGUUUGAUGACCACUUCUGUACAGCCAGCAGGGCCAAGCCAGGCAUGUUUUUGAAGUUCUACAACCUCCACGCUGCUGAGUACAAAAGUGGAGACAACUGCGACAGUCUGUCGGCCCUCCCAACAAUCGAACUUGUGUUACAUCGCGGGACAAUGUAUGGCAGAGGGUUAUUAUUUUUAGAUGCAAUAAUCAGCGGGAAUUGCUCCCCUGGAGCUCAGCUGCCCUCUACAAGUGGGCAGAAUAAAGGGAGACAACUUGACUCAACAUCCACACAAAAGGGAGUGGGGAGUAAUUCUGGCGAUGGAGCCGCGCAGCAUCAUGCAUCGUGGGCAGAUGUUGAUGAGGGGAUUGAUGUGGGACUGACACAAAAAAGAAUAAGUUAUUCUCAUAAUUCCAUGGAACGUGACGGAGCCAAGAGAUCCAGACAUAGCAACAAAUCAGAUGACAGUGUAGAGGAUGAAUGUUACAUGACUGCCAUUCAACUGUCAUGUGAUACUUUGUCCGCUCAAGUGGGUGACGAGUCACGAUGUAUGCAGGAGACGGCAACCGUGAUACUGAACCAUCCCCACGUGAAACCGACCCGGAUACGAGAUGUACUCACACACACUGUCCCUUUCAAGUUCCGUGUGAAGGCUCGGGUUGUGGACUGCCAGCCCACACCAACCACAGCCAGAGACCUGGUCAGCGUAUACUGCAGUUCUUGUCAUUUCAUGUGCCGUGUGGCUGAGUACGAGGCAGAGAUGAGGGACAGGAUUGGAGAUGAAAGCUGCAGUGACGGCGGGCAGGACAGGUCACUGAAUCUGGAGAUGGAUAAUAACAGAAUGUGUCCUCGAUGUACUGAAAAAUCAGAUGAUCUUGUGGGUGACCUUGAACUGACAUACGUGCUGCGCCUACUGCUGCAUGAUGGGAGUGGAUGGUUGGUGGCAAAUCUAUGGCGGGGAGAGGCAACAAAGUUCUUGAAGGACAUUCCACCAGAAGAAGUGCUGAGUCAACCAGCAACCUUCACAGAGGUCAAGGAUGCUUUGAGCCAGAUUUGUCCAGCAGAGGUCCCCAUUGGUGACAAGCCAUGGGUUGAAUGUUGUAUUGCCGCCUACACAGGCAGCAGCAGUGUAAACUACCACAUCUUUGACACAGUAGUAGUAUGACAGGUCAAGGUCAAUCCAUUUGGACCAUGUACCUGUGUGGGGAAAGGCUGUGAUGUCACUGAAACCUACCAAAUAUACCCAGGCUGGAAAUGCUGACAUAACGCCUUAGUGCUCGGAGCACUAAACAGCAUACACAGGCUGGAAUUAUAUCUGAGAGUUCAAGGUGUGUUGACUUAAUGCCUUAUUGCUUGGAAUAGAAUUCUUGUACAUUGCUAUAGACUAUGCAGUGUCAGGAACCAGUAUCAGACUGGAGAUCAAGAUGUGUUGACAGUGCCCUCUCUUUGACCUUGGUAUGUUUAUUCAAGGGAGCAGUCCCUGAUCCCAGUAUGUAUCUUUGAGAUGAUAUAAACGAUAUCAUCCAUUUUAAUAAAUGAGAGUAAGCCA